AUCAAGAAAUAGAAUAUUUUUAAUACAUAUGUAUAUGUAUAAAGUAAAAAGUAUGUCGUCGAACGGUGAGUUCUCGACAAUGUCGAGCGAGGAAAUGCCCUCGUUACCGAAAAGUUUGCCAAGUUCACGCGAAGCUACUGCCGAGGGUAGUUCUGGUUCGAGUGGUGGUGGUGGUAGUGCUGGUGGUUAUAUGCCACUUCGAGAAUUUUUAGAUAGAUUUUCAUUACCAAGAGUUGUCAGACUUGAAGGUACAACUGGCAGGCCUGUAUUACUUUACAAACAACAACAGAGAUCACUUAGAGUAACUGCAACAUUAUUAAUACAUCGAUACCGUCACGAUGUCAAAGUUGGACCAGAAAUUGUCAUACCUGAGGGUUAUCCAGGAUGGUUUUCUGUGAUAUCCGGCAAUAAUACAACUGGUAGCGCAAGAGUUUACAGAAGGGUUGAAUCUUUGGUACGAGCAGGUGUACCAGCAUUCCUAUUGGCUGCCCCAUUGAGAGCAUACACACUUACGCAUUCGAAAAUGGAAAAUGGAAAUCUUCGUGCUCACUAUACGAAAACAACGAUAAGAGCAGGUGAGAUACUACGAUUGAUAGCCGUUUUUCAAGAUACAAGAAAAUGUAGUUCGGUUAGUUUUGGAAUCUCUGGUGGAUCUUCUGAGAGAGAUCAAUACGCCCAAUGUUUGGAUCCACAUGGACGAGAAGUAUUUGCACCACUCUCAGCUAGGGGUGAAUUUUAUGCAAUUUGUCAAAACGGAAGUACAGAUACGGGAAGUGAUGCAGUACUUUAUAAGGUUCAUCAUCUUGCAAGGAGGCCAUUACCAUUGAGAGUACGACUGAUAGCAGGUCCACUACCGGUUCCAUUACCAAGAGAAUACGGUGGUCUGAUGCAAUUAGAAUCAUCAACCCGUGGUUCAAUUGUUUUAGGAUGUAUAGUUCCAGAAAGGCCAGUACAUAAUCCAGAAAUGUUAGAAUUGGUAGUGUCAGGUAAUGGUGCACCUAGAGUGAGAAGAGCACGUUUGGGAUAUCCGUCAGAGGCAAGAUUGUUGGCAUCACCUAAAAUGCAAAGACUUCUUGCAGCUUGCAGCCGAGCAGUCGGAGAUCGUGCAACGGAACCACGAGUGGCACCAUUGAAAUUACAUCCAAGCACGGAGAAUUUAAAAGAGAUGCAUUUGAAGAAGAUCAAACCUAAACAGGAAACUAGACCGAUACUUCAAAGUUUGAGGGACGGUUUGGAACAACUUAAGAAGACAACCGUCAGGGAAAGAAGCAGGACCAGGCAAAAUUCUGGAAAUGGUUUUCUAGAAAGGAUCUCUAAACUUGCACAAGUUGGUGGUGGUGGUGGUCGUAACAGGAAUCCUGCUAAAAAAUCGGCGUCAUUUACGUUUGCAGUUAGACCCGAGGUUGCUAUGAAAUCAACUCAGGAACGUUACUCCAGUUUGGAACCGGAAACUACCUCUAGACAGAGUCGUAAUGAUUCUAAUACAAAACAACCUGUACAAAGAUCGGUUUCAACGAGUGUAUUAGAGGUUCCACCAACGAAUGUUGAACUACAACCGAAUUAUUCUCGCGUUCGUGAUAGUUUAACCCCUCUACCACCGAUUCCACAACCAACAAAACCUAAAACUGAUGAGAUUUAUGCUGAGAUAUGUGACAAUAAUACUACCGUACAGAUACAAAACUGUCCUGGAAGUCAUGUAAUGGCUAGUAUUAAAAUUAUCGUUAAGGGUAAUGAUCAUCAACCAUUGGUGGAAGAACAUAACAAUCCAAUUCGUAAAGAAAGAUAUAUCAAUUCGAUAAUAAUUAAUGAUCAAAUAGAUUCAAUUAUUAGCACAGAAGAUGAUGUUAUUUACAAUACAAUAUUUUGAAAGUGAUAAUUAAUUAAUUGUUCUCUGUGAAAUGAAAAUUAUAUAUCAGAGAAGGAAAGUUGUGUGUCGUUUAGAAAAUAUUUAGAUGGGCUGUGCUUUUCUUGAUCGAUAUCGCACCGAUCAUCGUCGUACUCUAUUUUUUGUUUCUUAGUUAUUUCAUAUUACAAUUUGUAUCAUAUUUGCGUAAAAAAAAAAAAGAAAGAAAAAAGAAAGAAAGAGAGGAGGAAUUUUUCUUUAAACGUUAAGUUUAAUACAAAACAUGUCUGAUAUAAUUUGUUGUAAAUAAUAUUUUACCAUAUGUAUUAACUGUAAGAAUAGCUACCUUUAAAAAAAUAAACAAGC